AGAGCGAGUGCGCGCAGUUGCCGGACGCCACCGACAGACGGGGCUGAUACGAAGGCAGGCCGAGGUUGGAGUGAGCAAGCGCGGAACGGCGCUCCUGCUGCUGGGGCAUUCUGCUUGUGGUUAACCCUCAAUCCUUGGAGGUGGAUCAGUUGUUCGGCAGACAGUUUGCUCUCACCUGGGGGUGGUGAGGAAGGAACGAGCCAUGCCUGUCUUGUCUGAAGAUUCAGGUUUGCAUGAAACCCUUGCCCUUUUGACAUCACAGUUGAGACCUGACUCAAAUCACAAGGAGGAAAUGGUGUUCUUGAGAGACAUAUUCAGUGAAAGAAGUCUCAGCUAUUUAAUGAAGAUCCAUGAAAAGCUGUGCCAUUAUGAACGGCAGAGCCCCGUCCCAGUGCUGCACAGUGCCUCAGCUCUCGCUGAAGAUGUGAUAGAAGAAUUGCAAACUGCACCGAUGAAUACUGAUGAAAAAGAACUGCUUCAGCUCCUGUCAACUCCUCAUCUCAGGGCAAUGCUGGUUGUGCAUGACACUGUUGCCCAGAAGAAUUUUGACCCCGUCCUUCCUCCUUUGCCAGACAAUAUUGAUGAUGAUUUUGAUGAGGAAUCAGUGAAAAUAGUUCGUCUAGUGAAGAAUAAAGAACCUCUGGGUGCAACGAUCAGGAGGGAUGAGCACACGGGGGCUGUGAUUGUGGCACGGAUCAUGAGAGGAGGGGCAGCGGACCGCAGUGGUCUUGUCCAUGUAGGAGAUGAACUACGAGAGGUCAAUGGGAUUGCAGUACUUCACAAACGGCCAGAGGAAAUUAGCCAGAUUUUGGCUCAGUCCCAGGGAUCGAUAACGCUGAAAAUAAUUCCAGCCAUCAAAGAAGAAGAUCGCCUGAAGGACAGCAAGGUGUUCAUGAGGGCCCUCUUCUCCUACAACCCGAAAGAGGACAAAGCCAUCCCAUGCCAGGAGGCUGGGCUGCCGUUUCAGAGAAGGCACAUCUUGGAAGUGGUGAGCCAGGACGACCCAACAUGGUGGCAGGCCAAACGUGUGGGGGACACGAACCUGCGAGCAGGGCUGAUUCCUUCUAAGCAGUUCCAAGAAAGGCGUUUGAUGUACAGAAGGACCAUUGGUGCCCUGCACAACUCAAGAAGUGUUGCAAAACCGCUGUAUGAUCAAUCUUCUGAGAAAGAAGACUGUGAUUGCGAGGGAUACUUCAAUGGACAGUAUAUAGCUGGCUUGAGACGAAGUUUCCGGCUCAGCCGAAAGGAAAAACAGAAUGGAAUGAAUGAAGCCAAGCCAGUGGAACAAACCCAGACCUCCGAACUCCUCACGUAUGAGGAAGUCACCAAAUACCAGCAGCAGCCGGGAGAGCGGAAGAGGCUGGUGGUUUUAAUUGGUUCUCUGGGGUCCCGGUUAAAUGAGCUUAAGCAGAAGGUGGUGGCCGAGAACCCUCAGGAGUAUGGCGUCGCUGUGCCACAUACUACAAGGUCCAAGAAGAGUCAUGAAAAGGAGGGCGUAGAGUACAACUUUGUUUCAAAGCAAUCGUUCGAGACCGACGUGCAGCAUAACAAGUUUGUAGAACAUGGGGAGUAUAAGGAAAAUCUCUAUGGAACAAGCCUGGAGGCAAUACAGUCUGUCAUGUCCAAAAAUAAAAUUUGCCUUGUGGAUGUCGUGCCUGAGGCCGUGAAGCACUUGAGAACAGCAGAGUUCAAGCCAUACGUUGUGUUUGUGAAGCCUCUUGUCUUGGAAAAGAAAAAGAAUGCACAGAUGUCUCUAUUGACAGAAGAAAUAUUUGUCCCGCUUGAUGAGGAGCAGCAAGAAAUGGUGAACUCAGCUGCCUUCAUUGAAGAGCAGUACGGUCAUCUGAUUGACACUGUGCUGGUGAAGGAAGAUCUACAUAGUGCCUGCAGCCAGUUGAAGACCAUAUUGGAGAAACUGAGCACAGACUCUUUCUGGGUGCCAGUCUCGUGGGUCAGGCCCUAGUCAGCCAUGCUGUGCCAGAGAGCGAGAGCAAGAGAGAGUGAGGAGAGAAACCUGUUCAAAAUUUGCUGUAAAUAGAAAGGAUGUUCAAGCAGGGAAAAUGCCCACUGAAGUAGCCAGUUUGUUUGGAAAGCAGGAAAGAGAAUCUUCUUUCAUCUGGGGACAUAUUCUGAUGUAACCGUUUUUCUCCUCAGGAAUGGAAAGCAUUGCAGUGGAAUGAAAAAUCAACGCAGGAGGCAGUCUAGAGACAUAUGUGCCAUUGGACAAUAGUUUCAUCUCAGAUUCUGUUAUCUGCGUAGAAGCUUUUAAAUUUGUGAUAGGCCCAAAAUGUGACUUGACUUGGGAAAAUGUCACAAACUUUAUGGUAUAUGUGGACUUUGCUAAUUCUAAGAUUCCAGUGAUCGACAGUAAAUGAAAGAUACAUUUAGUUAUAUGGUUACACUUCCAAGUUGGAAUAAGUAACUCCUUUUUUAAAGAACGUGUUGGUCAAACAGAUUCAGAAGAAUAGUGAUAUCAGAUGGUGACAGUUCAUUCUUUUGCAAAAGAGAAGACUUUCAGGGCAAAUCAGUAAGAUUUUUAAGUUUUUUUGUCCUGAGCAUUAAUCACAGUAUAGCAAAUUAUAUUUGGAGCCUUCAAAGACCUCUGGGAACUUUUUCCUUUUAUAUCUGCAUGUUGCCCUAAAUCAGCCUUUCCAAACUGGUGCCCUUCAGAUGUGUUGCACUACAACUCCAAUUAUCCCCAGCUCAUCUGGACAGUGUCUGCUUGGGAAGACUCUCCCAAAUAACAUGCUGAAUCAUGUGCAUUAUGCUUUGAAAACUUUCCCUCAUUUUACUCAAAUAGCCAGAAACACCAAUUAUGCAACUAGCUGGGUGAUGUCUGAUACCAACUCUGCUCUCUCAUUUGCACAAGAUUUGAGCAACGCCUAAACAUUUGGAGGCAUUUGUAAAGGACAAUUCCCACUCCACUUGGAAUUCUGUUUAGACAAUUGGUCUGAAUUUUUAAAAGUGGUUUGAGGGACUUGCCAUGAGGGAAACUGAAGGAAAAU